AUGAGCGACUGCGGACUCCCCAUGCCCGUUUGCAUCCAAUGCGGCCGGGGCGUCGGCCUCUGCGGCGUCAAGAUCAUCGGCCCAACGAUCGGGUUCUGCGUCGCCGUGUGCGCGGCCCUCAUCUGCUGGCCCAUCGCGCUGCUGUUCUGCUGCUUCACGGAGACGGGGAAGAAGUAA